AUGGGUCUUUUUAACGUGCUAUGGAGGAUCUCCAGAUUGGUGUGCGGAUUGCUCUUUUUGGUGUUCAGACUCACCAUUGACAGACUGCACGACUCCUUUACCAGUUUACUAUUUCCAGACGUCAAACACCCCUCCCUCAGCAUGUCGUCUUCCGACGUCAUCCCAACAAGAGGCCCCCGCCGCGGCAAGAAUACAAUGCGUGCCGUCGUCUGGGAAGGCAAGCCCUACGAGAUGGCGGUCCGCGAUGUCCCCAAGCCCGAGAUCAUCCACAGCCAAGACGCCAUCGUGCGCAUCACCACCGCUGCCAUCUGCGGCACAGACCUGCACACCUACCACGGCAUCUUCGGCAGCCCCACCCCGCCAUGGACGAUGGGACACGAAGGCGUCGGCAUCAUCACCGAGGUCGGUCACGCCGUCGGACACUUCAAACCCGGCGACCGAGUCCUCAUCCCGUGCUCCGCCAACUGCGGCUUCUUCUCCGUCGACAAGCGCCAACGAGACCAGGGGCAUCUCUACGGCGCCGGACCCCAGUUCAGCCCCGACGGCGGCGCCCAAGCCGAGUACCUGCACGUCCCCUUCGCAGACGACUCGCUGGUCGCCAUCCCGGACGACUUCUCCUCGGACCUCGACUGGCUCUUCCUCACCGACAUCUUCAUCACGGCGUGGGCGGGGCUCGACUACGCACAUUUCCAGGCGGGCGACUCGGUGGCCGUCUUCGGCGCCGGCCCCGUUGGCCUGCUGUGCGCGUACGCGGCCAUCCUCCGCGGCGCGUCCAAGGUGUAUGCGAUCGACCAUGUACGCGAGCGGCUUGACAAGGCGGCUUCGGUUGGGGCCGUUCCCAUUGAUUUUAGCUCUAAUGCGGGCACCGCGAGCGAGCAGAUCUUGCGCCGCCAGCCGUUGGGUGUCGAGAGGAGUGUGGAUUGUAUUGGCCAGGAGUGUCUGGAUCAUGAUCUUAAGCCGCGGCAGAAUUAUGUUCUUCAGGAAGCGGUUCGGGUGACGAAGUACAAUGGGGGGAUUGGGAUACUGGGAGUAUACAUUGCCCAGGGGAAAUCGGCUGGGGCGCCGCGCGGGGAUUUGAUGGAUAAGGACUUGGCGAUCGCCAUGCCAGAGAUAUUCAAGAAGAACCUGUCCUUCGGGUCCGGGCCUGUCAAUCCCUCGCUUUAUGAAAUCAUGCCCACGGCUGUUGAACUUGUCAAGAACGGGAGGGCAAAGUUGAGCUGGAUUACAACGUCACAAAUUGGGAUUGAGGAUGCCCCGAAGGCUUACGAGCGGUUUGACCAGAAGUUGGAGAUCAAGGUGGUCAUUCGCUUUCCUUGGGCGAGGGAACACCCGCUUGUCCUGCCUGAGCCGGUUGCUGAAGUGGAGACUCCCGGUGAAGAGGCUCAAGAGAGCAGCAGGUUUGAGGAGAAGUCGCCGGUUAAGGCUCCGAUCAGAAAGAAACCCCAGAGGCCUUCUCCAUCCUAG